CUUGCUUUUGCCCGCUCCAAAGUUUGUUUUCGUUUCUUUUGCUCUGCUUCGUUUGACUGGGGAGAUGAAAGUGAACUAAACCACAAAGAUCCCUCUUAAUAGUAAAAUUUCCUCAUUUGGAUUGCCGCCGGGAUGUCCUUUCCUAGUUCAUCCAAGAACACUGCGAAAGACGAUGAGCAAGCUUUGAUGGACAAGUUCACUGCACUUGAACCGACGCGGCUUUAUUCGUCAUCAGCGUCGACGACAAACAAGAGGGCAAGCAGAGCACAACCUAUUUCCCGAUGGAUUGGCAAAUUACCUGCUGACAUUCACUUGCUUAUCCUUAACCACCUCCCCAUCCCCGACAUCCCUGCCUAUGCUCGAGCGUCAAGGGCAACCGCUGGUCUAUCUCGCGACGAGAAAGUAUGGGAACGAAGAUGGGAUGAUUUAGCCAUUACUCGGCACGCCUUGGAUGUCACGUUAGACGACAUUGAAUCCAAGCAAAAGCCAAAGGCUAGCGCAUAUUUGCCUCCUACGAUACCUGUAGAUGACGAUUUCGGAGAUUUCACGUCUGCCCCGCGCACACCAUCUGUCCCAUCUCUCUCUGCUGCAUUUACAUCAUUCACACUUUCCGCGCCCAGGUAUACACGCGCCCAUUCAAUUCUAAACAAAUGCUUGGCUCCUCUGCAGCAUCCGCCCCAUGCGGUUCUUUCCGCGCUCACACCUCUCAUAGGCACAUCUCUGUUGUCUCAGGCUCGUUCUCUCCGCUUGCUGAGCUUCUUCCUCUCCCCCCGCGUCCAACCCGUAAGAAAUUGGGACAUUCUUCUCGCCGCCCUAAAGGCUGCUAUAGAUCGCUUUGACGUAUCACUUCUGACUGCUUUUGAUACUGCUGAUUCUCGUGGAGACGAAUUGAUGAUGAGACAGACUGCUCAUGCCAGCUGGGAGGUGUGGCCUGGGACUGGGGAUUGGGAAAUGGGCAAGGUAUGGGCUGAGAAGCGAGAGAUAUUGUAUGAGCAAGGUCGAUGGAAUCCGCUAGCUAACUUCACAGAGGAAAAUACCCUUGACUUUACACCUAUGGAUGAAUUCAUGGCUAGCGUCAUAGGUGCGCUGGAGGAACAUGGCAAAAGGGCUGUGUUCGUCUUUCCGCCAGCUGCCGGAGUCCUUAUUGGGUUCGCAGAACGUGUUGCCAACGAAGUUGUUGGCGAAUACAUAGCUCCGCUGCUAACACGUGCCAGAGAGAUAUCGAAUGCUCUCUAUCUCACCGCAGUGGCUGCCAGCUUCAGGGAAUCGUGGAGGAUUGUGGAUGUUCUCACUACCUUGUCUAGUAAUUUCAGCGAGAAAGGUAAAGACAAGACAGAAGAUGUCGUAUUCUUGAUGUUUGAGCCAAACAUGGACGAAUACCUUGACGAGGAAAUAGAAUCAGUAAUAUGCAAAGAGUGGGCCCGAUCGACAUUAGCGCUUGCAUCACAUGGUUCACCCACACAAGCACAACGGACCCGCUUCCUUACUGCGCAGAACCCGGCUCUCAUGAAGCGUACCGUUCUAGCGUCAUUCACUGACGUGCUCCUAUUACCCGUGACCAUAGUCCCACGUACUGUCGGUGCCGGAGUGGUAGCUGUAGGGGGAGCUGUUGGUGGAGCUGUUGGCGCCGUCGGCACAGGUAUGGUCCAAGGCAUUGCGAUGCUUAAUCCACAGCGUUGGGUCGGUGGCACGGGAUCAGUGAACAACACAAAAGAAUAUACCAGCUUCGGCCUCGGGGACGCCGAAGGAGAGGCCUCCAUCUUUGAAAUUGGUGCUGAUGAAGAGGGAGGUGAUGAUGGUAUUGACGAAAGUUCGAUGGCCCCAUCAUCCACACGAGAUACUGCUUCAAUUGCUAGCACAAACACAGCUGCAACCUCCUUUGCGCUAUCUACAUCUAGCACCUCUCAAACAGCGCCAACAGGAAACCUUGAUCUCCUGUUAUCCCUUGAUGUUGCUCUCCAGUUGAUUCACGCCGACCGUGAUGCACUCAAACGCCUGGAGACCUUUGUAUCGUACCCCGGACAUUAUGGAAUAAGGGUGAGAGAAACGAUCGAAGAAGCAUUCUGCGAGAUGCUGGGGGUAUUGUGUAACAGGCAUCUAGAGAAAGGUUUUGGGAUAGCAACGGAGCGGAUGGAUUCAUACAAACCAGCAGAACACGAAGAAACUGCCAGUGUAGCGCCGCUGCUGCAAUUCUUCGAGCUCGUCCACAUAGGGGAUACGAUUCAAAGCAUGGUACAAGUAUUCUUUGACAAGGAACUGGCUCCAUACAUCGACAAAAAGGACUUCCUAAAUGUGGUCGUGAGAGAGAAGAAACGCUUUGAAAAUACGCUCGAUGACUGUGUUGCUGCAGGGCUUAAUGCUGGAACACAGGUGCUAAUGAAUCAGGUUGAGCACAUCAUCCUGACAUUGACAAAACCACGGGAAUACUAUCCCCCAGAAGAUGCUCCACUAGAAUUGGGUCCCACUCAGGGCUGUACGGAAGCGAUCCGAUGCUUGGAUACGCAUUGCAAGCUUCUCAAGGGCAGCACGAGCAAGGAGGUACUUGAAGUGUUCUACCAAGAGGUUGGAAUCCGGUUGUUGGGUAUACUGCAGAAACAUAUCAAGCGCCAGAUCAUCUCUCUGAAUGGCGGUUUCCAAGUCAUUGCCGACCUCAAUGCUUAUUACUCCUUCAUAGCUUCUCUGAAGGUACCUAAUAUCACUGCAGAUUUCUCGCAUUUGAAGAUGUUGGGACAUGUCUUUGUCGUGGAAGACGCAAAAGAUCUGGCACAGAUCGUGAGAGAUGUAACAAGAUAUGGUGGGGCAUAUCGACCCGAGGAUAUUUAUGAAUUUAUUCAACGACGCGCUGAUUGGAAAAAGAUUGAGAAGACGGUAGACAAGACGAUGUAUAGUUUGAGCUUCAAGGAAGAUUGUAUUGUUUGCUGAGCUUAGAGGCCAGAGUGUAGCGUGGCGUACCAGCUGUGUUAUAGAGUUGACUUGGCAGAAAGGAAGUGUCUAUGCGUCUUACACUGUACACUGCCAGCUCGGCCCCACCGCCGUUCUAGGCUACUUACUGAUUAAUUUUCCGGGCCGUGAAAAACCCCCUUACAGAUUUAUGUGAAGUUUGUUGGGGCGGACCGCUCGCUGUUGAAUUCCAAACGGUAACGAAAUGGCACCCGGACACGCGGCACACCUAAGCGUAUAGUCUAUUUUUGCCCACGGGAAGUCUGGGUGCUCAGUGAGAUUCUACAUAUCAUCUUAAUACUGU